AUGAAAAAAUAUCUGGUGCUACUCUGUUUGCUCAUUUUUACCGCUGGUCGUUUAUCGGUCAAGGCGAUACGAAAAAAAGAUUUAAGGAGGAGCUUAAAAGGAGGGAACCGAAAUAAUGAAGAUCGCCAGAAGAAGAAGAACCUACUCAACUUUGAAAUUAUGCAAGACAAAAGCAGCGUGUCAAACAUAGAACUAAAUUCAUCCACGCUUUUUAACAUAUUAGCAUCAACGAGGUUAAUGCAAAAUUCAGGGGGCGCCACAUCACAAACUCCAAUUUACAGAUACGUACACAAUAUUCACGACCACAAUGAAAACAAUGGCGCUGUCUUGGUUUUCGUUCUCUUUGGUAUAUUAAUUUUUGCGGUUUUGUUUUUUAUCUUUUAUUUCAUUUUCAGACAUCAUGUAAAGCAUAUAAAAUUUAUGAACAGCAUGUGA